UCCCCCCUACGUCCCUGCUCUCUUGCAUUUACGCUUGUUCUAAAGAGAGGAAAAAAAAAAACCUAUUAACGAGUGAUGUAUGUGUCAACUCUCCCUGUUGUCUCUCUGUUAACGAAAAGAGACGGGCUUUGAUUCAAACUGAAGUCGGAGCAUCAGAAAGGUAUGAUCUUUUGGUGUUUUUGGUGUUCGAUUUCAAUAACUUGGAAUGUUUAUUGCACGAAUAAUAGGUUUUUAAUCAUAGAGCUUGUUCCAUGUAUCUCUACUGGUUGGAGAUCCUGCUUAGAUGUCACAGUCUAUGCGUAGUAGCGUCAGACCCGCUCACUACAUUUUCAAGCGCUUCUGCUCACACUCGCCUUCUAACUACCUUAACUGUCAAUUCACUUCCUUGCUGUCCAACCCAGCCCCAUCUAAUCUACAAGCCCUUCUUCAAUUUCAUGCCCUUAUUAUCACAACUGGGAACUCUAGCAACCCCUUCAUUGCGUCAAAGCUCAUCUCUUUUUACACUCUUUUCAAGAGGCCCAAUUCGAGCAGCAGAGUGUUUGAUUCAGUUUCUUGCAAAGACGCGUUUCUUUGGAACUCAGUUAUCCAAUCCCACUUCUCCAACGGUAAUUACGAGCAAGCCUUCGAUUUUUUUGAGAGAAUGCGGUUAUGUGAUACCCUCCCCAGCGAUUUUACCAUUCCUAUGGUUGUUUCUGCGUGUGCGGAGCUAAUGUCGCUAGGAUGUGGGAGAUAUAUUCAUGGGUUGGCUUUGAAAUGUGGCCUUUUCUAUGUGAAUUCUGCACUGGGGUCUUCCUUUGUAUAUAUGUAUUCAAAAUGUGAGCGAAUGGGAGAUGCAUCCCAUGUGUUUGGUGAAAUGACAGUGAGAGAUGUGGUUGCUUGGACUGCGCUUGUGAUUGGGUAUGUGCAAAAUGGGGAAAGUGAGAAAGGGUUUAAUUGUUUUUGUGAGAUGCAUAGAAUUGGUGGAGAUGAUGAGAGGCCAAACUUCAGGACCAUAGAAGGUGGGAUUCAGUCAUGUGGGAAUAUGGGUGCUUUGAUUGAGGGUAUGUGUCUACAUGGUUUGGUUGUGAAAACUGGACUUGGUUGUUCUGAAGUUGUUCAAUCUUCGCUUUUGACCAUGUAUUCUAAGUGUGGAGAAUGCAAUGACACUCACCUUGCGUUUUGUGAAGUUAUUGAUAAGGAUAUUCUCUCAUGGACAUCAAUUAUCAGUGUUUAUGCCAGAUUUGGGUUAAUGGAUGAUUGCAUAAGUUUCUUUUGGGAAAUGCAAAUAGAUGGUAUACUUCCGGAUGAAAUUAUGAUCAGUUGCAUGCUUGCAGGUUUUGGGAAUUUCAUGGGUGUCUCCGAAGGUAAGGCCUUUCAUGGAUUAAUUGUAAGGAGGAAUUAUGUGCUAGACCAAAAGGUUUGUAAUGCAUUAAUAUCCAUGUACUGCAAGUUUGAAUGUUUAGCCCUGGCAGAAAAGCUUUUUGAUAGAGAACAUAAAUGCAACAAUGAGUCUUGGAACACCAUGAUCUUUGGCUACUGCAAGGUUGGGGCAAAAUCAAAAUGUAUUGAACUGUUCAGGGAUAUGCAAAAUCUAGGCCUUAAACCCGAUCUAAACUGCAUGAUCUCUGUGAUUACUUCGUGUUCUCAUUUGGGACUGAUCCAAUUAGGCCGAUUGCUUCAUUGCUAUUUAGUUAAAAAUUCUAUGGAUGAUGAUGUGUCAAUCACAAGUUUACUUAUCGACAUGUAUGGAAGAAAUGAUUAUUUGGCUGUUGCACGGAGUAUAUUUUUUAGGAAACAGAGAGAUAUUGUAACAUGGAACACAAUGCUUUCACUGUAUAUUCACAAUGGGUGCCCUAUCAAGGCUGUUGCCCUUUUUGAUGAAAUGAUUUUGGAGAACUUGAAACCCAAUUCUGCUACAUUGGUGACUGUGGUUUCAGCUUGCUCACAUCUGGCAAGUCUGGAUAAAGGGGAAAGGGUUCACAAUUACAUUAAGGAAGAAGGGAUCGAGCUUAAUAAAUCUGUUGCCACUGCAUUAAUCGAUAUGUAUGCAAAGUGCGGGAAGCUUGAGAAUUCGAGAGAAUUGUUCAAUUCAAUCAAGGAAAGGGACGUAAUAACUUGGAAUGUGAUGAUCUCAGGUUAUGGAAUGCAUGGAGACGCAAAAUCAGCAAUAGAGAUCUUCGAAGAAAUGGAGAGAUCGAAAGUCAAACCAAAUAAUCUGACCUUUCUUCCUCUUCUCUCUGCUUGUGCUCAUGUAGGGCUUGUUGAAGAAGGGAAGUAUCUGUUUGAUAGGAUGCUACAUUAUUCCGUUACACCCAAUUUAAAACAUUAUGCUUGUAUGGUAGAUCUUCUAGGCAGAUCAGGAAAUCUUCAGGAAGCUGAAGAGAUGGUUCUCUCAAUGCCCGUCUCUCCUGAUGGAGGUGUGUGGGGAACUUUAUUAAGUGCUUGUAAAACUCAUAAUGACAUUGAAACAGGAGUGAGGAUUGCAAAGCGUGCUAUUGAGUCUGAUCCAGAAAAUGAUGGGUACUAUGUAAUGCUCGCCAACAUGUAUAAUUCCAGUGGUAGGUGGGAGGAGGCAGAAAUGGCUAGAGAUAUGAUGAAGGAAAGGGGUGUUGGGAAGACAGCUGGUUGGAGUGCUGUUUAAUUCUGAGAAAAGCUAUUAGUUUUUGCUAGGUCGUCUCGUUUCAAUUCUCAAAACUCAUUGGGAGCGUUUCGCUAAUUAUUCGAUGAUUGACUACUCCAUGAAGAUGGGAUGCUGUCACAACUUCGUGCUUCAGCCUUCAAAUGACCUAAAAGUGCUAUUCUAGUAAUGUAGCUUGAAGGUUCUGGUGGAGAUGUAGAUGCAGCUUUCCGGUGUGAAGUUGAGAUGAGAUGAAAGAAUGGUUGUUUAAAGCAACAUGUUGCAGAUGAUUGGUUUGGGCACAACACCAACAAUGACCACCACCAAAAUACCACGUCCUUGCUGGGCAAUCAACAGUCAGGUUUUAAGAUAUUGUUCACACACACCAGUUUUUGGUUAGCCUGGACUAAACUUUAUGAAUAUGCAUACACUAGUCCAAGUUUGUACAAAGAGGUGGCUGUUGAAGGAGAUGUCUUGAUAAUCAUUGAUUUGAUUAAUGAUCCUUACUCUUGUUCACUCAACUGUCCGGAGAACAUGCUCUAUUGGGUGGUUCCUCGGUAAAAAGGAGGCAAACGUGUGGGCGCAUAAAGGUAGCUCAAUGGAGUGGCAUAGUCCCUACAAGCUUUCUGCAUUUCUUUUAUCCUUUUCUUGAAGGCACUACUCCUUGUCCCAGACUCAGCUAAGUGGAAUUUGCCUGCUGGGUUUCUAUGUAAUUUUUUUUAUUCAAUAUUUACGUCAGUGUCAACAAUUGCCAUUGAUGUCAUAAGAUUAAA